AUGAAUAAAGCAAAUUAUUCUGAAGUGUCUCAAUUUGUGUUCCUGGGACUUUCUACCUACAAACCAGUGCAGCAUUUCCUCCUGGCCUUCUCUACAGUGUUUUAUGUAACAAUUGUUCUAGGAAACCUUCUUGUUGUGCUUACAGUGACUUUCGACUGUCAUUUACAUUCCCCCAUGUACUUCUUUUUAGCCAACCUCUCAUUGAUUGAUUUCUGUCUUUCAACUUUAGCAGUUCCUAAGAUGAUAUCUGAUUUAUACUCUGGGCACAAAACCAUAACCUUCCAGGGAUGUGUCAUCCAGAUGUUUGUCCUUCACACCCUGGGGGGAUCUGAGAUGGUGCUGCUCAUUGCCAUGGCCUUUGAUAGAUAUGUGGCUAUAUGUAAGCCCCUCCACUACCUGACUGUCAUGAGCCCACAAAUGUGCAUUUUGUUUGUUUCUGGUGCUUGGGUUAUAGGCCUCAUUCACUCAGGGGUCCAGAUAGCUUUUGUUGUUCAUUUGCCUUUCUGUGGUCCUAAUGAGAUAGAUAGCUUUUACUGUGACCUUCCUUGGUUUAUCAAACUUGCUUGCACAGACACCUACAGAAUGGAAUCCAUCGUUACUGCCAACACUGGGUUUAUUUCCUUG